AUGAUUCCUAGGACUGCCUGGCACCAUGCCGCUCAGCGCAGCUCCGUACGCGGGCGGAGCAGGCUGCAGGGAUUGCUGACAAGGAGUCCAUGGAGUGGGUAUCCGACUCGGUAUGCUUCGUUGCAGGCCGGGGAGAAUAAGUCGGGCCAUAUCAGCGCAGGACCGGACGAAGGGCUGCUUUUCUUUGAUAAUGUAUUCCCACUCAAGAUUCAGAAACUUCUUGGCCUUCCUCUCGCCUCAGACGACAAAGCACCCGGCUUCCUGAACCGUAUCAUCAAUCCCAUGGUCACUGGCACAGACCCGAAGACUGUCAUCGAAAAAGCCGGCGCCAAAGCCAACAUUUCCGUCAAAGCGACAGAAACCCUCCUCCGUCUAAAAGAAGGCGGUGCCUUUGUCAAAUUUACGCAUGAUGGCAGCACCCCAACAUCCGAAGUUGAGAAAGUCCUCAAGCAGUAUUUGAAAGAGAACCCUGUGAAACCAUGGUGGAGUCCUUGGCGACGAAUGCACGUCAACGUCGUCAAAGGUCGGCCCUGGGUCGAGGAUCUCUUUCGCCUACCAUCUCCCAGGCUCCGCAUCGAAUUCGUACCUCCCGAGCCUGGCGUCGAGGCUGUCGAACUGUCCCAAGAGCAACUCUAUUCUUUCUUCAGGCAGUAUGGUAAGCUACAAGACAUCGUCGUGCAGCCGCCUGAUUCGAAGGUGUUGCCAAAAUUCGCGUACCUUGAUUACAUGAAGCUAUCAAAUGCAAUCAUGGCGAAGAACUGCAUGCAUGGAUAUCUGGUUUCGGAGGCGGAGGGCGGAGGGAAGAACGGCACCCGUUUCAGGCUCAAGUAUGAGCAAAAGAUCAAAGCGCAUUGGAUAAGAGAUUGGUUGGUAAAUCACCCAAGGAUUGUGAUUCCGAUUGUUGCGGCGCUUGUGGCCGGUAUCACGGUUGCCAUCUUCGACCCGAUACGGACGUUCUUCGUCAAGGCACACAUCACCAGAGUCCUGCAUCUCCAGGAUAACAAGUACUACAAGCGAAUCAUCGGCUACGCAACAGAUUUUAUUCCUUGGCACCAUAAGGCCGACGACGACACAGGCAUGGAGGUUGUUUGGGACGAUCGAAAAGAAAACAUCGAGCAAAUUCAGACGUGGCUUAUGGAGACCGCCGAUACCUUCAUCAUCGUGCAAGGACCCCGCGGAUCCGGGAAGAAAGAGCUGGUCAUUGACCAAGCCCUCAAAGACCGAAAGCACAAGCUCGUCAUCGACUGCAAGCCCAUUCAAGAAGCUCGUGGGGACAGCGCGACAAUCAACGCUGCGGCCGCAGGUGUUGGGUAUAAGCCCGUUUUCUCCUGGAUGAACAGUAUCAGCGGGAUGAUUGACAUGGCUGCGCAGGGUGCAACAGGCGUAAAGACUGGGUUCUCUGAGACGCUGGACUCACAACUUGCGAAGAUCUGGAAUACGACAGGAACUGCGUUGAGACAAAUUGCGCUGGAUCAACGGCACAAGAAUGAUAAAGAUGCGUAUCUGGGUGACGAUGAGUGGCUAGAGGCACAUCCUGAGAAGAGACCCGUUGUUGUCAUUGACAACUUCUUGCAUAAGAGUCAGGAGGGUGGUGUGGUCUAUGACAAGAUCGCUGAUUGGGCCGCACGUCUCACGACCACCAACAUCGCCCAUGUAGUCUUCCUCACAAACGACGUAUCCUACAGCAAAUCUCUCUCCAAAGCCCUCCCGGACCGCGUCUUCCACCAGAUCCCGCUUUCCGACUGCUCCCCUCAGGUUGCCAAGAAAUACGUCCUCCGCCACCUAGAUGCCGACGUCGCUGACGACCCUGAGCCCAAGGAUGGAUCCGAAAAGCAAGUCCCCUCUCAAACACGUGACGACCUCGACGAGCUAGACACCUGCAUCGACCUCCUCGGCGGCCGCCUUACGGACCUCGAAUUCCUAGCCCGCAGGAUCAAGACGGGUGAAACGCCUGUCAAGGCCGUCCACGAGAUGAUAGACCAGUCCGCAAGCGAGAUCCUCAAGAUGUACAUCUUCGGCAUUGCGGACGAGGAAGGUGGUAAGAAAUGGAGUCACGAGCAGGCGUGGUUGCUUAUCAAGGAGCUCGCCGAGAAAGAAGAACUGCGCUACAACGAGCUUCUCCUCUCAGAUGUGUUCGCAACGAACGGGGAGAAGACGAUUCGCGCGCUCGAGCAGGCUGAGCUGGUCACUAUCGUGUCUUCUCCUUCUGGGCGGCCCUCUCUGAUUCGUCCUGGCAAACCUGUGUAUCACCCUGCGUUCAAGCGGUUGACGGAAGACAAAGUCCUGAAGAGCCGCUUGGAUCUCGCUAUUUUGAAAGAGCUGGUCAAGGUGGAGAGCGCGACGAUUGAGAAGUGCGAGACGGAGUUGUUGAAGUUGAGUGAGAUUGAGGGACGACCGGCGAUGCUGGCUGGACGUGUGCAGUAUCUUCUGUCGAAGCUGCAGAAGAGUCAAGAGAAGGUCGAGGGGUACGAAGGGGAGAUGGGUGCGUUGAAGAAGGUGUUGGGGAGUGAGCGUUAA